CCCUCCUUUCUCUCUCUCUCUCUCUCUCUCUCUCUACACACACAAAUUGGGAGAUUCGGGUUGUUUGUAAUGUUGAUGGGCUUGUGUGUAUGAAGGUGAAAGUAAUGGUGGAUUGCUAGCAGCUGAGAACAAGGUUAAUCUCGAUCUCGAAAUUGGGAGGUGUACAAGUGCAAGUGAAGGAGAGUUGAAAAGGGAGCGUUUGUUGAGCGGUGAGCAGUUUGAUGAGCUGUGCAACCAAAUUUGUAUUUAUAAUUCGAUAGCCUAUGGUUUUCCGGUGGCUUUUCACCUUUGGAUGAGUGUUUUUAAUUCUUUAGGCCCUGCCAUUUACAACACCUCUCACUGUGAGUGCUUCUUCUUCUUUGGGCAUAUGGGAUUUUUGUGAUUUUUUUCAUUGUUUAUUUUGUGAAUAACUACUAAUCUCUGCUUCUUCCUUUGAUGGCUUUUUUCAUCGCCUUCACUUUGAUUCCUGUUUGAUCUCAAAAUAUCCAUGAAUGUGUUUGGUUCGUGAAAAAAGGAAUGCCACUUUGAACUCCCAAUUUCAAAAUUUCGGAAAGCAACAUUCUGUAUCUCGCCUUUUACGCAUGAUCGUACCGACUCACUGUGAAACUCAUCUUUCUAUAAUGAAUACUUCCUGAUAUGUACAAAGUUUUUUGUCCCAAAUUCUAUGACAAAUGCUAAUUGUUACCACAGAAUCCAAUUCAAGAAUUCCAAAUUCUCCAACAAGCACCCUCAUAGGUUUUGCAGUUACAAGUUAGGAGGCUGAGAAAAGAAGAAUUAGUGAUUUCAAAUUUGCUAUGCAGUUUUGCAUCAGAAUUUCUAAAUGGAGAUCUGGAUUUGCUUCUGUCUUUCAAUGCAGUGGUUUUGUCUAUUUUGGAAUUUCAAUUAAUGCAGUUUCUGAAUCUUGCUGUAAGCUGUUUCAGCCCUGAGAAGUCUGAUCAUAGCAGUGUGAUGGAUUCUGAACCAGGAAGAUGUAGGAGAACUGAUGGAAGAAAGUGGAGGUGCAGCAAGAAUGUGGUUCCACUCCAGAAAUACUGCGAACGGCACAUGCACCGGGGUCGUCAAUGUUCAAGAAAGCACGUGGAACCUGUUCAGAGAGUACCGAUUCCUAAUAAUCAUCGAACCUCGGAUGAAACUAGGAUGCCAAUACUGUCUUUAGUUGCAUCUGAUGUAGAUGAUAGAGUUUCUGUUUCUAUCCAGAGUGAUCUCGGUCCCAGCCAACCCCGUUACACCUAUAGAAGUGGUUUCCCAGCUGUUUAUGGGAGUCAUGAUGCAAUAUUAGCCAACAAUAGCAUCGGUCUCAACUAUGCCCCGAGCACCUGUUCUAGUUCGAGGGCUAACUGCUUGAUCAGUGGAGGUGAUCAUGGUGAUGGCAAGUUUAGUCUUGAUGAUGCCAAUCCUAUAAACUUGAGUUGCAGGAAGCAGAAUGUAGUCGGAAACAACUACGUGGGCUUCAAUUCUCUGAGAUAUGGUUUGUCUCCCAAGAGUGUUCUUAAUGCUGCAGGCAAAAUCGGGCUGGGGUCGGGAACCAUGGAAGGAGUACAGAGAUGCCGGAGAACAGAUGGCAAGAAAUGGCAAUGCAGGCGAAACGCCCUCCACAACCAGAAGUACUGUGAGGCACACAUGCACAGAGGGGCGAAGAGGCUCGUGGUGAAGCCUGAAUAUUCGAGGUGUUCUAAACCGACUCCUGCUUCGAAAGCUCAAGCAUCCUGUCUCAUAACUAGAAAUCUUGACAGCGGCAUCAACUUGAACACAGUACCAGCAAGCCCUCAGCGUGGCACAAGCAAUGAUUCUAAUAGCAGCACCAGCGACGCCACGACCAUCACAGACGAAAACAUUAGCUAUUGUCUCAGCAACAACUCCCUUCACCAUGGCUAGAGAUCAGUGGAAAAUUUGCAGUAACAGGACAUUAUAUCAACCCUAGUUUUGAGAAACUGGCUGAUUUAGAUUGAAUUAAGGUUUUGGUGUAUGUAUUUUGGUAGUGCUUAUUGGUAUCCAAGGAUAACUUAUACCUGACUUGCUGGGUUUUUUUGUGUUACUUUGUGAAUAAGUAGAAACGCACUGUGGCCUGUGGUUGUUACAUGGAGUAUUUCAUUUCCAUAA